GUGAUUCAACUGUUAUCUCGUACAAUAAUUAUGUAGUGUAAUAUUUGGCAUCAUAUUAAUGAAUGGUAUUAGAUGGUGACAUACCUACACCUUUCUGGCUGCUAUUUUUUUCAACAUCCUCAAACAAUACGUGUUAUCGAUAAGAGUCUCUUACACAAUACGUGUAAGUUCAAUUCUCACUACAAAUAUUUGCGAAAAAAUAAAAAAUUGCCAACGGAUAUACUUGAUCUAAUGCAAACUAUGCAAGUACAUCUUGAUGAUAAAGCUGCGGGAAUCACUUUAACAGAAACAAGUUGAUUACUUUUUCUUUUGAAAAAAAAUAUGUGAUGUUGUCAUAUAUUUGGUUCAUUCAUUUUCUGGCAAGGACUGAACAGAAAAGUGAUAAUUUGGACUAUUGUGACUUGUGAGAUUGAAAGAUUACAUAAUAAGGGUGUGUUUCGAACGGAAGAAAAUAUUUUUUAAUUUAUUUGUUUCUGAUUAAUUUAAAAUUAUAUAGAAUAUUUUCUCUGGUAUCUUAAAAAUGAGAUAAAUUCCGACAAGAAAAACAAGUUCCACAAAUAACAACUUACAUUAAUUAUUUCCCACAUCACCCUUAAAUAUACCUACCACCCUCUAUAGUCCCAUCUCCAUCACUUCAAUUUUUUUUCAAAAAAAAAAACUAUUUUCUAACUGAAAAAUGUUCCGUAAGUUUUUCAUAGACAUUUCGAUUGAAUCUAUGAAAAACAAAAAAAAAAUAUUCUUCAUAUAGAGAAAUUAAAAUGUUUCCCACUAUUUCAAUGAGAAUCAUGUAUUUUUUCCCGUGAAUUGAUUUGGUAGAAAAUGAGUGAAAAAUUAUGAUCUAUGGGAACUUUAAAAAUUUGAACCAUAUCCUUUUUUGCCCUUUAAAACAAUCCUGGCGGGAUAGAAGAAGACAUUUCAUCUUGACUUGUAAAACACGACUCCAUUAUAAAGCUCUACAUGCAAAAGAAUUCACCUAUCUUUUUGCUAGUUCUUACUUGCAUAUUUACGCAUUGAAAUUUGUGAAACUCAUCUCUUUAAGUUGAAAGUGUGUCUAAUUCUAAUUAAAAUUCUUAGAGGCUACUUGACCAUAAACUUAGCUUAUGCUUACAUAAAGAGUAUUAAAUUCCUUUAAAGAGACCUCUCUAAUAUUCCGCAAAAAUUCAUGAAAUAUUCAUAUAAAGAUCAAAUCUAAAUCAUCCUAGUUUGGAAAAUACGUCACUGACGGUCCUGAAAUCGUGGAUUAAUAAAUCUUAUGAGAGAAGAGUUAAGGAACCCUCGAAUCAUCGAUAAACAAAUCUCAUGAGAGAAAUAUCACGGGAGGGGACAGAUUGCACCCACAAUAUUUAUCAAUAAGUUAUGUUUCUUCAUAUUUUAUUAGUGAUUGCAAUUUAUUUUAUUCAUUUUAUGUUAUCUUAAAAAAAAUUGCAAACUAAAUCAGCAAAUCUGAAGUCACAAAACCGCAAAGGUGGAAGAAUGAGUAAUUCAAGUCUAGUCUUAGAAUUUCAUCAAGUCUACACUCCGACAAGCCUUGAAACCAGGGCAUUUAUAGACAUUGAAAUUUUGUUGAAUUCUACAAGAUGUGUUCAAUUCGAGUUGGAACUCUACAAAGUGUGUUUAAUUCCAAUUGGAUUUUUUUAAGGCUACUUAAUCCUAAAUUCUAUUUCAUGCUUACAUAAAGGAGAUAACUAAAGGCAUCUCGAAUAUUCCACAAAUUCAUAAAAUAUUUAUAUAAAGAUAAAAUCUAAAUCAUUCUAGUUGAGGAAAUACGCCACUAACGACCCUCGAAUCAUGAAUAAAUAUUUUCUUGCUUUAAAAUUAAUUGCCAACAAUAUUACUACGAUUUUUCAUCAUGUAUGUAGUCCAUGUAUUUUCAUUUAUUCUUGUUUUCUUAACUUUUUAGCCAACAAAAACAAAAGAAAAAUAUUAUAUCUUAGUUCACUUGCCAUUAGACCUCAUUUCAUAAAUUUUAACUCUUCUAGCAAACAGACAAUUUUUCUCUCAUAAAAAUAAAUUUUUUGAAUGCGUCUUUAUCAAAAUAUCUAACUAUAAUAUAAAAUAGCAGUCCCGCUUACAUCGGCAAUAAAGAAAAUACCAAUCUUAAUGGUGCUUGUGAUCUGGAUAACUAUACUCAUUCAUGGCGCGUGGGACACACCCACCUAAAAUGAAUCUAACCAGUGUUGUAUAUACUCUAUAGUAUUCGACUUUUUUGAUAUUCUAUUCUUUUUUUUCCCCUACAUUCUGGAUCAACUUGUAAAAAUCAUCUAAGAUUUUCCUGCCUUCAAAUAUAACAAUAGUAGUACUAUACAAUAAUUCAUUUAUUAUGAGCAUACAAUAAUAAUGUUCGUGAGUCAUACUUUUCAUUGCUUAUAGUCAUGGUAUAUCACAUUCCUACACAUUAUUCAUUGUAUAUAACAAAAUAAGUAACUUUAUUAUAUCUUCAUAUUUUUCUGUUAUAUAAAUAGUGUGUCAAGUCAUAUUUGAAUACCACAAAACAAAAUGGAUAAGAAGAGCUCUUCACCAAAUAAUUCAUUUACAAGUGCCAUGACACUUACUGAAGAGGGACUAACCUGCAUUCCCAAGCGUUACAUUCUUCCACCAUCCCUACGCCCCAACGGAACCUUGCCCAACACAUGCUUGCCAAUUGUGGAUCUAUCAUUACUGCAAUACCCUCUUCUUCGGCCACAGAUAAUCCAGCAACUACACCUGGCCUGCAAGGAACUAGGUUUUUUCCAGGUAGUCAACCAUGGAAUCCCAUUAUCAGUCAUGAAAGAUGCAUUGGAUAAUGCAAAUGAGUUCUUUGAUUUACCAUAUGAAGAGAAAAUGCAUCUCUUGUCUUCAAAUGUUCAUGACCCCGUAAGGUAUAGUACCAGUCUAAAUGAUGUCAAAGACAAAGUAUACUUUUGGAGAGACUUCCUCAAGCACUAUGCUAAUCCAAUCUCAAAUUGGAUAGAUUUGUGGCCAUCAAAUCCCACAUGUUACAAGGAGAAAAUGGGAAAUUACACAAAGGCAAUACAAAAGUUGCAGGAAGAACUCAUGGAAGUAAUAUUUGAGAGCUUAGAACUAAACCCCAAAUACUUACAUGAAGACAUUGCAGAAGGCUCCCAGGUCAUAGCCGUUAAUUGCUAUCCAACAUGUCCUGAGCCGGAUCUUGCACUAGGCUUGCCACCACACACAGAUUAUUCUUUGAUAUCCAUUAUUCUUCAAAACCAUCAGGGCUUGCAAAUCAUGGAUCGAAAUGAAAAGUGGUAUUCAGUUCCAGUCAUUGAAGGAGGCCUCAUUGUUCUCGUGGGAGAUCACAUGGAAGUAUUGAGCAAUGGUCGAUACAAAGGUGUUGUCCACCGAGCAACAGUUAACUCAGAGAAAAAGCGCCUUUCCAUUGCCAGCCUUCACAGUCUAGCUUUAGGUAAAAAAGUUAGACCUGUCCCAGCGCUUGUCGAUGAACAACAUACCUUGUCCUAUAAAGAAGGAGGAUUCAGUGAUUUCCUUGACUUCAUUUCUGGAGAAGAUAUUGUGAAGGUAAAGUACAUCGAUAAAUUAAAAAUAAAUCCAUGAUGAUUAUGUAUAGUCCAUGGACAGCAGGCCAUACAAGAAUUCUCCUUGUUACAGUCUUCAAACUCCAUUUCGUACAAGAUAAUCUUUGUUAAAAUCCUAAGGUGUAUAAGCAGUACCCAUCUUUCCUACGUACUUUGUGCUAAUAUAUAGGGGUGGCUGUUUGGUUCUUCGGUUUUUUGUUCUUCACUGGUGCAUGAAUACCGAACAGAACUAGUUUGGUUCAGUUUUUUCUAAUUCAGUUCGGUUCUUUCGUAUGCGACCGAUAAGUACUUACCCUAAAACCAAGGUCACUAAAUCUUGAGUUGAAGAGAGCCCACCAUAAACGGAGGUAGAUUGUAUAGGAACUGGGCUAGAGAUGGUGUGUGCAGCAUCACUUAUGUACACCCAUUGAUAUUGUCUUGUAAAGGAAUUGUUCUUUAUUCCCUGCAUUCACUCUUCAACUUGCAGUUUACAACUUUUGCUCUUCUUGUUCUUUAUUGUUUCUAUUUUUAUGAAUGAGAUUGAAUGUAUCAACAACUCCUGUUCAAAGUUUCCCUUCAAUAGUUAAAAUACUCUGUUCUUAAAUACAUGUCACUCGAGCAAUCACUGAUAUAUUCGGAUUUGGAUUCGAAAUUUCAUUUGAGGGAAGAAAAAAAUCUUAAGUGAGCUUGUUGCCUUGUACUAAAUAUCAUCAAACUGUUGAUAAACAGGGAACACACAAGUAUAAUUCAGGGAAUAUAUGCCUAGAAAUCUGGUUCUCUGAAAGGUCACUGCAGCAUUCUACACUGAAGCUCCACAAAAUUUUGGUUCUUCAUGAAGGACCCUAAAACCGAGAACCAAACCCAACACCGAAGUCCUAAAAAAUUAAUAACGAAACCGAAGAACCAUAGUAAUUCUUUGGUUCGGUUCAGUUUGGUUCAGUCAAGUUUUUGCCUACCCCUACUACUAAUAUCGCUUGUGAGAGGCUCUCCUUUCAUCAUGCUAGGAGGUUUUACUGUGAAAAUAAGGAUUUAAGGAUUCUUAAUUUUUGCAUCUUGGUACAGCAGGAUUUGAACAUGCGACCAUUAGGACGCAUCAUCAGGACUGUGAAAAAGCCCAAUGUUUUACCAACUGAGCUACUAAUUAACAAAAUUAAGACACGUCAUCGAG